CUCCUCUGCACACCAGAGAUGUUUCAGCUACCGCAGCGGGCAUCAUGGCCAUGGACGUGGCUGAACACCACCUGAGCGUCAUCAAGAGCCCACCUGCCUGGGAGGUGGGUGUCUACGCCGCGGGGGCCCUCGCGCUGCUGGGGGUCGCCGCCGUGAGCCUGUGGAAGCUCUGGACAUCGGGGAGCUUCCCCAGCCCCUCCCCAUUCCCCAACUACAACUACAGGUUCCUUCAGCAGAAGUAUGGCGAGACCUACGCGGAGGCCAGGCAGGUGAGAGUGCCUGCCUGGAGUACCCGUCGGGCCAGCACUCGGGGACCACCCAGCCGCAAAGGCAGCCUCAGCAUGGAGGACACCUUUGAGACCAUCAGCGAGCUGGGGCCCCUGGAGCUGAUGGGCCGGGAGCUGGACCUGGCCCCCUACGGGACCCUCCGGAAGUCCCAGUCAGUGGACUCCGUCAACUCCAUCUCCUCCGUGAGCAAUACCUUUGGACAGGACUUCACGCUGGGCCAGGUGGAGGUGAGCAUGGACUACGACGCCGCCUCCCACACCCUCCACGUGGCUGUGCUGCAGGGGAAGGACCUCCUGGAGCGGGAGGAAACCAGCUUCGAGUCCUGCUUCAUGCGCAUCAGCCUGCUGCCUGAGGAGCAGAUCGUAGGCAUUUCCCGGAUCCAGAGGAACGCCUACUCCAUCUUCUUCGACGAGAAGUUCUCCACCCCCCUGGACCCUGCUGCCCUGGAGGAGAAGAGCCUGCGGUUUUCGGUGUUCGGCAUCGAUGAGGAUGAGCGGAAGGUCAGCACGGGCGUGGUGGAGCUGAAGCUUUCCGUACUUGACCUUCCGCUGCAGCCCUUCAGCGGCUGGCUCUACUUACAGGACCAGAACAAGGCCGCCGACUCUGUGGGCGAGAUCCUGCUCUCCCUCAGCUACCUCCCCACGGCCGAACGCCUCACCGUGGUCGUGGUAAAGGCCAAGAAUCUCCUCUGGACCAGUGACAAGACCACAGCGGACCCCUACGUCAAGGUGUACCUACUGCAGGAUGGGAGGAAGAUGAGCAAAAAGAGGACGGCUGUGAAGAGGGACGACCCCAACCCAGUGUUCAAUGAAGCCAUGAUCUUCUCGGUGCCAGCCAUUGUGCUCCAGGACCUGUCUCUCCGCGUGACGGUGGCCGAGAGCAGCAGUGAUGGCCAUGGGGACAACAUAGGCCAUGUCAUCAUCGGGCCGUCAGCUAGUGGCAUGGGCACCACACACUGGAACCAGAUGCUGGCCACGCUGCGCAGGCCUGUGUCCAUGUGGCACCCCGUCCGGCGAAACUAGCAGCUGGGGCAAGGCCAGGAGGGGCACUUGAGCUGCCUGGAGCCUGGCGCAAGCUCAGGGGUGACACCCUUCUCCAUUGUCCGGCUGGAGCCAUGAAUGCUGGGGUCCCCCCGUGGACUCCCCAUGAGCCAACUCGGUCCCUCGAUCUAGACUGCAGUGGAGAAAGAGCCAGAGUUUCUCCCAUGAGGACCAGCUGUAGCCGGUCACUGACCCAUUGUUCUCCCAUUUUGAGAUCCCCCAACCGGUCUGCCCCUCAGCCUGGAGUGACCUUGGCCUCAGAGCUCCUCAUAUCCCACCCUGGUGGGCGGCCAGUGCCACGCUGGGCCAGGCACUAGAACAGAGCAAGUCUUGGGGGGCCGGGCGCUGUGCAGGCACCAGCAGGCAUGACAUGAACAAGGCACAGACCUCGAAGACGCCAGGAAGACAAGAGCCUCUGUCCUGGUGAUCUGCUCAGUGUGAAUGGUGGCCCAGCCAGGCAGGGCUCAGGGUGGGGGGGCGAGGGUACGGGGCCUGCAGGACGACAUGGGAGCUGUGGCUUGAGGGACAAGGAAAAGAACUGAGAGUGGCCCAGCCUGAGCGUUAGGGACGUGGGCUUCUCUGCACACAGUCCUCAGCCCCCUGUGGUGGACACAAGGGCCUCUCCGGGCAGGAGAAGAGACCAAGAGACCAGGCCGAGCAGAGCCCCGCAGGCCACAUGGGACACUGGCUCGGCGUCAUCCUCUGAAACCUACUCCCUUGAACCAUGACCCUUAGGAGACCCAGAGGCCCGGACCCAGGCCCUGUGUUUAGUCCCACGCACUCCAGGCCUUGGCUCCAAGGCGUUUGCUGGAGUCCUUCCAGGCCAGGCCCUGUUGGGCAGAGAUGUCGCAGCCUGCGGGGGACUGGGGGUGGGUGGGGCGGCCAGAACACAGCAGGGGAUCUGUGGGCGAGGCCUUUGGGGGCUGCAGGCCCCUGAGAGGACAUGGGGGAUGGAGCAGGAGACCCUUGGGCUGGGCCUUGGAGGGAGGGGCAGCCUGAGCAGUGGCAUCGAAGGACAGUUAGGAGGGGUCAGGACGGACUGUGAGGAUGGGAAGGCGGUGGCUCCUAGAGCACGUUCCCAAAGCAGGACCCUGAGAUGAGGCUUCAAGGGCACGGGGUGUCAGGGGACAGCCCUCAGGAGAAGCCAGUCGGGGAGAGAGGGAUCCGGGGCAGCGAGCAAGCUGUGGCUUCCAGAGUCUAGCCUCGGCCUGACGGCUUGGGGAAGCUCGGAGUGUGAAUGGCACCCAGAGGGGUCCUGCUCCAAAGGAAAGGGGCUUGGCUGUCACCCUCACAGGCAUCAUCUUUGGCUUCUGCCCCACCCCCGGCGGGAGGAAGUGUCACUGGCCGAGGCGGCUUCCAUCCUCCACAGGCAGCCGUGCACCUCUCAUAGCUGAGGGCUGGGCGUCCCUGCUGGUUCAAAGGGAUGCGGGGGGGGGGGGGGGGAGAGGCAGUAUCUACUCCAUGUGGCAAUCCAUAGGGAGCACAUGGGCUCUUGGGCUGGCUGCCUCUGGCCCUGGUGAGCCAUGGACACCCAGGCCCACUGGUUAUCCCCAAUGAUGUGGCAGGAGAGGGUGGCUGGACCACAGUGGGAGGCCCAGGGUAGCAUGGGGGCUAGAGGCAGGACUGUGGCUCUCCCCUUGUGACACAACCAGGGCCCAGCACCAGGAGGUCUGCACAGCCCAGGCCAGCAUAGGGUCCGGGGACACAGCGGGCGAGCCUGUGCAGCCGGGGAGAGCCCAGACUCUUCCUACCCCAGGGCUGUGCAGUGCAGGCCAUGCUUCCCGCUUCCCUCUCUUCCCUUCCCUCUAACUGCAUGACAUGUUGACUGUGCACUGAUGGGCGUGGUGGGGACUGAGUAUGCUGACUGGAAUGAUUCUAGAACCACAAUAAAGCUGGGGCAGGAAGGAGGGGGCUUCCAGGAGCCCUGCUCAGCCUGAA